AUGAAAACCAGCGUAAUCUCUUUCAACCCACGUAAACAUUCAUUUCACGCGGAUUGGAACCUUGAUCUCCAUGGGUUUCUCACUCGUGACGAGUUGAACAAGCGGGUCAAUGAAAUUAAUGAUCGAAUCCGUGACUGUCCUUUGUUGAAUGUGAGAUUAGCGAGAAUUUGCAUGUACAUUUCAAUCGUAAUUACACUGUUUAUCAGUAUCGGGUUAUUUAGCAAAAGUACAUUUCUUGGUGGAACAUUCUUCUUACUCUUUCUUGUCGGAGUUUUUGGGGGCGGAUAUUAUAUUGAUCGUAUAGCGAGCACUCGCGCCAAAAUUUUUACUGAUGCCGUGAGAAAUUUGUUCGUUGAAUAUAACAAUCGAGACAACCCAACCGCCAACUGGAGUAUUGAGUGGUGCACCGCCAUCACCAAAUUCAAGGUAAAGAAGGGGUCGAUCAAGCCGAGAUAUGCCGACUAUGUCGUGAUAGAGCUCGAUAUAUCGGACGCACUAUCUACCCUUACGGCCAAUACCGUUUUCGUGAAUCUUCCUGUUUCAAAUUCAACCAAACAAUUCGUUCCGCACAUGGCUGUGAGUUUGUUAUCUUUAAGUUUAGUAGAAUUUGCUUCAUGUCAAGAAGCUCCAAAAGCUCCAAAAGCUCCUACGAAUUUGAUAGUUGAAACCAUUGGAACUAUAACAAAACAACCUUCCGUAACCGUACCAGAAAACCUUGCCGUACCAACAGGUCAUUCAUUCGCAUUCUUACUUUACGCAAGAGGAGAUCAAUUUUAUCAAUGUGUCGUCUCCGUUCCUGGACAAGCUUCAUCUUCGCAAUGGUUAAAUGUUAACGUCGAUUCCUAUUUUAUUAACGAAAUAAAAGACCAACACUUCGAUCCCGCUUUCCAAGUUGUACAUCUUUACAAUAUAAACCCAGCGGUGAAUGGUGGAAAUUAUACUUGGGAAGCCUUACUUAAAAAUGAUACCACCAAAUUAACUGCUAAAUCCGUAAAUACAUCAUCUCAAGGUGAUGCAAACUUACCUUGGGAAUUAUAUGCUGCUACGCAAAGGGAUGAAGGUGGUAGAUUUAGCACUAUAUCUUAUGUCCUUAGGUUAAAUACAAAUGGUGGAGUUGCUCCUCCUAAGAAUGAAUGUGGAGUUCAAUAUACUGACAAAUCAACGAAAAUAACUACAUAUGAGGCCGAAUAUUGGUUUUAUGAAGGUCCUUUGCCCGGUACCGAACAGAAUAAUGCUCCAAAUAAAACAUCUGACGCUGCAAGUUCAUUACGUAAUAAAACUCCGUUAUCUUCAAUGUCAAUUGGACCUGGUCAAUUAGGUUGGAUUGCCAUUGUUGGUUUCGUUUCUGUUGAUUUUUUUACCAUACCUUCGGAUGAAUAUUUUACUAAAGUUCGUCCAUUAAAACGAAUAUCAAAACAAUCGACGUUGAGAAGGGAUCCUACGUCUUUGAAAAGAAAUUCUUCAAUUUAUAAUACGCAAGUUAAACGUAUGUCACGUUGGAUUGAUGGAAUUUCACCUUAUUGGUAA